GGCCCCAGAGCUGGAUCAGGGCCCCAGAGCUGGAUCAGGGCCCCAGAGCUGGAUCAGGGCCUCAGAGCUGGAUCAGGGCCCCAGAGCUGGAUCAGGGCCCCAGAGCUGGAUCAGGGCCCCAGAGCUGGAUCAGGGCCCCAGAGCUGGAUCAGGGUCCCAGAGCUGGAUCAGGGCCCCAGAGCUGGAUCAGGGCCCCAGAGCUGCGACCACUGUCAGCCUCAGAGUUAUCUCUGAGUUACCAGACCUUGCCACGUGGAGGCCAGUGGUUCGUCUUUAAGGUCCCCCCCCCCUCGCCUUCCCCAGGUUCAUGUGUCCAGGAAUCCAUCCGUGGGCCCCCGGAUGUCUCCCCUUUCUCAGUUCCCUAAGGUCAGCCUCGCCUCUCUCUCUCUCUCUCUCUCUCUCUCUCUCUGCCUUCCAGCCUCAGCCUUCCCCAGGUUCAUGUAUCCAGGAAUCCAUCCGCUCGCUCCGGAUGUCUCCCCUUCCCCACUUACCCAAGGUCAGCCUCAACCACAACCUUCCCCAAGUUCAUGAAUCCAGGAAUCCAUCCGUUCGCUCCCGGAUGUCUUCCCUUCCCCACUUACCUAAGGUCGGCGGUGCCUUCCCCGGAUCAGUGUCUCCAGGAGUCUGCUUGUGUCACCUGAGUGGACUCCCUUCCCCACUUCCUCAGAGUCAGCGGUAUUCUUGCUUUCCUUAGGAUCAUGUAUCCAGGAAUCCAUCCGUCUACCGCCGGAUGUCUCCCCUUCCCCACUUACCCAAGGUCAGCCUCAACUGCACGUAUUCAUGCCUUCCCCAGGCUCAUGUAUCCAGGAAUCCAUCCGCUCGCUCCGGAUGUCUCCCCUUCCCCACUUACACAAGGUCAGCCUCAACUGCAUGUAUUCAUGCCUUCCCCAGGUUCAUGUAUCCAGGAAUCCAUCCGCUCGCUCCGGAUGUCUCCCCUUCCCCACUUACACAAGGUCAGCCUCAACCACAACCUUCCCCAAGUUUAUGAAUCUAGGAAUCCAUCCGCUCGCUCCAGAUGUCUUCCCUUCCCCACUUACCUAAGGUCGGCGGUGCCUUCCCCGGAUCAGUGUCUCCAGGAGUCCACUUAUGUCACCUCAGGAGGACUCCCUUCCCCACUUCCCCAAGAUCAGCGGUAUUCUUGCCGUCCGCAGGAUCAUGUAUCCAGGAAUCCUUCCGUCUACCGCCGGAUAUCUUCCCUUCCCCACUUACCCAAGGUCAGCCUCAACUGCAUGUAUUCUUGCCUUGCUCAGGUUCAUGUAUCCAGGAAUCCAUCCGCUCGCUCCGGAUGUCUCCCCUUCCCCACUUACCCAAGGUCAGCCUCAACUGCAUGUAUUCUUGCCUUGCUCAGGUUCAUGUAUCCAGGAAUCCAUCCGCUCGCUCCGGAUGUCUCCCCUUCCCCACUUACCCAAGGUCAGCCUCAACAACAACCUUCCUCAAGUUCAUGUAUCCAGGAAUCCAUCCGCUCGCUCCGGAUGUCUUCCCUUCCCCAUUUCCCUAAGGUCGGCGGUGCCUUCCCCGGAUCAGUGUCUCCAGGAGUCCACUUAUGUCACCUGAGUGGACUCCCUUCCCCACUUCCCCAGAGUCAGCGGUGCCUUCCCCGGAUCAGUGUCUCCAGGAGUCCACUAGUGUCACCUGAGUGGACUCCCUUCCCCACUUCCUCAGAGUCAGCGGUAUUCUUGCUUUCCUUAGGAUCAUGUAUCCAGGAAUCCAUCCGUCUUCCGCCGGAUGUCUCCCCUUCCCCACUUACCCAAGGUCAGCCUCAACUGCACGUAUUCAUGCCUUCCCCAGGUUCAUGUAUCCAGGAAUCCAUCCGCUCGCUCCGGAUGUCUCCCCUUCCCCACUUACACAAGGUCAGCCUCAACUGCAUGUAUUCAUGCCUUCCCCAGGAUCAUGUAUCCAGGAAUCCUUCCGUCUACCGCCGGAUAUCUUCCCUUCCCCACUUACCCAAGGUCAGCCUCAACUGCAUGUAUUCUUGCCUUGCUCAGGUUCAUGUAUCCAGGAAUCCAUCCGCUCGCUCCGGAUGUCUCCCCUUCCCCACUUACCCAAGGUCAGCCUCAACAACAACCUUCCUCAAGUUCAUGUAUCCAGGAAUCCAUCCGCUCGCUCCGGAUGUCUUCCCUUCCCCAUUUCCCUAAGGUCGGCGGUGCCUUCCCCGGAUCAGUGUCUCCAGGAGUCCACUUAUGUCACCUGAGU